AUGUUCUACGGUUCCUGUCGGAUGAUCAAGACUGAUACACGCCUUAGCCCGUUUUCUCAACCGUGGUCGAGUUUCGACUUGACUGGUCACGAUUCUACCUCAACUUCAAGAACGACUGGACUGCCGGCCGAAAAAGUCACCGCCGUUGGUCUACUCUCCUGGCACUACUCCACCGGAACACAUUAUCAUUAUCUGGUUCAGCUGGUUUAUCUGAAAACUCGACUGUGUUCUUUCUGGGCUGAAGCGGUCUUCUGA